AUGUCCCAUUCAACUAAAUGUGCAGCUUGCAAAUCUUUGAGAAGGAGAUGCCCUAAAGAUUGUGUUCUUGCACCAUAUUUUCCUCCAACCAAUCCACAAAGAUUUGCUUGUGUUCAAAAAAUCUUUGGUGCCAGCAACAUUACCAAAAUGAUAGAGCAACUUCCACUGCAUUUACGAGCUGUGGCAGCGGAUUGCAUGUCUUUCGAAGCAAGUUCACGUGUCGAAGACCCAGUCUAUGGAAGUGUUGGGAUAAUCUCUCAACUCCAAGAACAAAUAAUUAAGGCUGAGUCUGAGGUAGCGAAGACAAAGAGUGAAAUAGCCUUUCAUAAUGCACAACAACAACUACAACAACAACAAAAUGAAAGCUCAAGCUGUAAAAUUGAAGAGCUUCAUGACACAGAUGAAGCAACUACAAUUCCAACAGUAAAACCAGUGUCGUCUAAGAAGAGUAAAUGA